AUGGAAGAUAUAAACGCUGAAGAUUUGCGCCCACCUCGGGUUCGGAGAUCUGCCACGGAUUCUCACCUCUUAACUGAAGGCUUUGGACUAGACUCUGCUGAAGGACGCCCAGUUUACAAAAAAUUAGAAGCAUACAAAUUGACUCGCUCCAGAUCUAACAACUACUUCCUGUCUUUAUCUGACUCACCAAAUCCAGAGGAGUGGACUUCUUUUCAAUUAAGCAAACAAAUAGAAACUCCCAAAUCUUCUGGUCAUCCAUUACUGGCAGCUAGGUAUCCUUCUGUUCUCCGCCAUGAUAAAACACCAGGUGUGGAAAAAAUAGAGCUAGAAGUAGUUUCUCCUUUAACAGAAAAUCCUCUGCUUGCCACAACUUCAAAUAUCAGCCCUAAUAACAAUGGAGCCGGAGGGGGCUAUGGUAUACAGAAAUAUUCUCUUCCAUAUUCAAGUUUGUUGUCUCCCAUAGAAACAAACUCCAAAAAUGGAUUUUCGAGAUUUCACGAAGCAACUACCGGCAUUGAAGAAAAGGAAUCUCAGAACUCUCCGGAGAGCUUUUCCAGAGAAAAUGAAGCUAGUAAAAAGUUCAAAUUGACAAGGCUGCUGCUUCUUAAUUUUGUACUUGUUGGAUUAAUUAUUCUCUUAAUAUGUGCGUUCGUCCCACCAAUGGUAAUACUUUCCGGUGGUACAAAAGGUAGCGUUCUGAAAUUCUUUAGAAAAGAAGGCAACAGGAAUGAAAUGCUUCCAAUGUUGAUGGAAAAGUAUGGCUACUUGAAUCAAUCAAGACCAGGAAUCAGUGAAGUGUCUUAUAAGGUUGAGAAGCCAGAGGAUCCCUAUUUGUUUGGUUUAGCAUACUCUCCUAUAAACGCUUUGGAACCAAGGUGUGGGCUAACUAAGAAUGAGGCUAUUCUUGAUCUAUUGGCAAUGCAAACUGUCACAGGGAGAAUAAGAAACUACGGAAUGCAGUGUAAUCAGUCUGAGUUGAUUCUUGAUUCAAUCCAAUCCCUCAACUUAAAUAUGAAAUUAGCAAUGGGAGUGUGGAUAGGCACCAGUGAUAAGAUAAAUGAUGAUCAGAUGAGAACAAUGAAAUCUGUGCUUUCUAGAUAUCCUAGGAAUCUCUUUGAAUCUAUCUUUGUGGGAAAUGAAGUAUUGUUCAGAGGGGACAAAACAACAAAGCAAUUACUCAGCUAUAUUAAUGAAACAAGACAAUUUGUCCACUCCUUGGGUUAUGAUAUACCAGUUGGGACAUCUGAAAUUGGGUCCUUGAUCAACACUGAACUUAUUGAGGGCUGUGAUAUUAUAGGUGCAAAUAUCCAUCCUUUCUUCGGCGGAGAAGAAGUCGAAAAGGGAAGUGAAUGGACCUUAGAUUUCCUCAAGUACCAAAUAGAGCCCAUCAAUUCUAAAAACACAACUAUUGUUAUUACAGAAGUUGGAUGGCCCAGUAGCGGAGGAAGAUAUCAGAAGGCACUAGCUAGUAUUCCCAACUUAAAGUAUCUUUUGGAGGACUUCCCAUGCAAGGCAAGGGCAAGUGGAUAUGGAUAUUAUUUCUUUGAGGCUUUUGAUGAACCUUGGAAGAAAGUAUUCUAUUCCGGAAAAAAUAAAUGGGAGACCGAAUGGGGAAUAUUUGAUAAAGAUAGAAAGAAAAAAGUUGACUUCAAGAGUUUUGGAUGUUGA